CUGACGAGCUCCGCUUACUGAUAGCACCGAGACCGCUUCCGUGCAUUCGUUACUUUACAGCAGCCUUGAACGUGUGUGUUGCCGGCAGUGAUCCUCACUCAUCACUACCGUUUUUUUCCACAUUGGAAUCCGCCCAAGAAUCAGACAGCGGCUCGGCACGAAGAGCGCAGUUUGAUUUCUGCGAGAGGCAUCGUUAAAGAUCCUCACCCGGACCACGUUGAUUAUUCUUCCCGUUGGCUCGCGGCCUGGUCGGCUGCAAAAUGAGGAAGGCUGUCCCAGAUGAAUUCUGCUGUGUGGCUGCUGUGGGAAUAAUUUGGAGCAUACAGACAUCGAUGUGAGCCGAGAAUUUGCAAGUACUGAAACCUCAGCAGUGAGGACGUCAUACAUAUGACGUGAUGUGAGACCACACAUAGCAGAACUGUUCAUCGUCCCUCUGAGAACGGUUGCAUCUUACUAAAAUGGAUCCCUGGAUGUUCAAUGUGCUCGCAGCUCUACUGUUGACCACUGUUUCUGGAUUGAAUGACACGGAAGAAAUCUUCUUGGAAGAAGAUGGAUCCGGAUCUGGUUCCGGACUGGAGCCGAGGAGUCCGGAUAUGGCCGGCGAGCUCCGGCGCUUUUUGAUUGAGAACUACGACAGCAGUGUCCGGUCCGUCCGGAACGCCAGACAGGCAACGGAAGUGAAGGUGGACGUGGCCCUGAGGCAGGUUUUACGACUGUCGGAGCGUGACCAAAUACUGACAACAGUGCUUUGGGUUAGACUGCUGUGGACAGACGAGUUCUUAACGUGGUUCCCAGAGGAACAUGGCGGUCAGAGCGUCAUCAGGAUUCCGUGUAAGGACAUCUGGCUUCCCGAUAUCUACUUGUACAACAACGCUGAUGAGAUCAGUACCGGAAAACUCGGUCACCUGACUGACGUGAUCGUCCAAUCAAACGGGCUGGUGGAGUGGCCUCAGCCCCUCACGGCCAAGACGUCAUGUGACAUCAACACCAGGUUCUUCCCGUUCGACCAUCAACAGUGUGAGCUGCUGCUGGGGUCCUGGAGUUACGACGGCACCCAAAUCAACUUCACUCAUCUGGUGCCUUAUGGAGACACCCGUGAUAUCAUUGAAAACGGAGAGUGGGAACUGUUGAGCAUGUCUGUGUACAGGGAGCUGAACUACUACUCCUGCUGUAGUGAGCCGUACCCUAACGUACGCUACGUCAUGCGUCUGCGCCGUAAAGCCGACUACUACAUCUUCACCUACGUGUUGCCCUGCCUGUCAUGCCUGGUCAUCGUGCUGGGUGGGUUCUUCCUGCCCACGAACGCCGCCGUGCGGAUUCAGUUGGAAGUGACUUCCCUGCUUGCGCUUACAGUGUACCUGCUGAUGAUACAAGAAAACAUGCCGCCGUCCUCUGGGGAUGUGUCGAUUUUAGGUGAAUUCUACACUGGGUCUAUAAUCAUAGUAGGGAUGGCAACUCUCGCGACAGUAUGCGUGAUCAGAAUUCACGAGAGUGACGAAGAAGUCCCCAAUUGGCUGAGAAGACUCCUGGAGUCCCCCUUGCUGACCAUGGUGGUAGUGCAGUCCACGGGGCAGAAGGAACAGGCCACGCCUACCAAAGUGCCGCCCACUUGUGAGAACAGUCACAAAUCUGCCAGCGAGGACAGCGUGAACGCUCACACGAAUGGUCACGUGAUCUCCGGCGAUGGUCUCGCGUUACGCUGCGAGAACGGCUCGGCGAAGGGAGACUGUCAAAAUGGCGACUGUCAAAAUGGCGACUGCCAAACUCCAGACGACCCCGGCCUAGACAUCCCCGACUCUUGCAGCACUGCUACUCCACAAUCUGACGACAACUACUCCGACAAGGGACAAAAGAAGGACGACAAACUAGCGAAUGUGCUCUCUUUGCUGGAGGCCCAUCUAGAGGCUAAGAAAACUAACCGUGUCCGAAGAAAGCUGUGGCACAAGACUGCAAUAUGGAUGAACCGGAUUCUGUGGCUGUGCCUCCUCAUCUCCAGUAUCUCCUCUUCCAUCGCCAUCUUCUACCCGGCUGUUAAACAGUACAACCGCUAAUCGAGCUCAAUGAAGCAAAAUUUACUAUGCUCUAUAUCAUUGCCUUGGGAUGAUUUUUAGCUUUGUUAAAACAUCGAUGGAUUGCUUUUGCCCUUCAAUAUCCGAUGAACAUUUUUCACGCCUCACAGUUGCAUAUUCCAUUACGUACGUAUCAAGAUUAUAUCUAUCAUUAUCGGCGCAUCGGAUUUAAAUGGAAAAAAAUGAAGGUAAUCAUAGUUAAAAAAGAAAUGCAUGUACAGUUUGAUUUCAAGAUGAGGGAACGAUGC